UCGUGAAGUCAAAAGUUUCUCUUCUCCUAAUACAUUUCCUCCUCAGUCGCGGCCGCCGCCACCGUAAAACGCCCCUCCUAAUGAACGAAUAAUGGUAACUCCAUUCCUCCGAAACGAUGAAACUCCUAUCUCCACUCCGCUUGCUCACUGCGAAGCCCAAUUGUGGCCUUACACAUCCUGAUUUUGUGCCCAACGAAGUCCUCAGCAUCAUCGACACUGUCACCCCCAUGGAGCCCUCUCUCGACAAGGUUUCUCAUUUUCUAUCGUCUCAAGCGGUGGCCUCCGUUAUUCGGGAACAGCGAAAGCCUGAGCUGGGGUUUCGAUUUUUCAUUUGGACAACAAAUAAAAGGCAUUUCCGUAGCUGGGAUUCGCAUAAUUUGAUUAUCGAUAUGCUCGCCAAGGACGGCGGGUAUUUUGAUCUGUAUUGGAAGACGCUCGAGGAAGUAAAGAAUUCUGCUAUGCCAAUUUGUUCUGACGCUUUUGCGGUGCUGAUCUCGGCGUAUUGGAAGCUAAAUAAGGCUGAAAUGGCGGUGGAAUGCUUCGGUAGAAUGAAGGAUUUCGACUGCAAAGCCAAUCCUUUUACCUACAAUGUCAUCCUUCACGUCAUGGUUCAGAAAGGUGUAAUUUUGUUAGCUUUAGCUGUGUAUAAUAUGAUGUUGAAGUCGAAUUGUUCGCCGAAUUGCUCUACAUUUAGCAUUUUGAUUGAUGGGUUGUGUAAGAGUGGGAAUACACUGGAUGCACUUAAGCUGUUUGAUGAAAUGAGUGGGAGAGGGAUAUUGCCGAAUAGAAUCACAUAUACGGUUAUUCUUUCGGGAUUGUGUCAGGCCAAGAGAAUAGAUGAUGCAUGUAGGCUGUUUAACUUGAUGAAGACUAGGGGGUGUAGUGCAGAUUUUGUAACUUACAACGUGUUGCUCAAUGGGUUCUGUAAGUUAGGUAGGGUUGAUGAAGCACUUGCAUUGUUGAAGUCUUUUAAAAGUGAAGGUUAUGUUGUUGGGCUGGAGGGAUACAGUUGCUUGAUUGAUGGUUUGGUUAGAGCUAAGAGGAUUAGUGAAGCUCAUUCUUUGUUUCAAAAGCUCUCUGAAAAUAAUAUUGCACCCGACAUUGUUUUAUAUACUAUCAUGAUUAAGGGGUUAUCUCAGGAAGGUAGGGUGAAGGAGGCACUGGAUUUGCUGAGGGAAAUGACAGGGAGAGGUGUACUGCCAGAUACUCAAUGUUACAAUACUCUGAUUAAGGGUUUCUGUGAUAUGGGUCUGCUAGAUGAAGCAGGCUCUCUUCGGCUAGAAAUUUCACAGCACGGUUGUUUUCCAAACACUUACACUACCACUUUUCUUAUUUGUGGUAUGUGCAGGAAUGGUAUGGUGAAGGAGGCAACGAAUAUCUUCAAUGAAAUGGAGAAGCUAGGAUGCUCUCCUUCGGUUGAAAAUUUUAAUGCUCUUAUACAUGGCCUAUGUAAGGCUGGUGAGCUUGACGAAGCUCGUAUCAUGUUUUACAAAAUGGAGAUUGGAAAAAAGCCAUCAUUGUUUCUUCGGCUUUCUCAAGGCAUUGAUCCGGUUCAUGACAGUGCAAGCCUCCAGUCAAGGGUUAAGAAGUUAUGUGAGUCAGGGUUGAUUCUUAAGGCUUACCAGCUCCUUAUGCAGCUUGCAGAUAGUGGGGCUGUUCCUAACAUCAUUACUUACAAUAUACUGAUAAAUGCCUUGUGCAAAGCUGGAAAAAUUAAUGGUGCUUUUAAACUCUUUGAGGAACUUCAAAUUAGGGGGCAUUCCCCUGAUUCGAUUACUUAUGGGACACUCAUUGAUGGACUACAAAGGGUUGGGCGGGAAGAUGAUUCUCUUAAACUCUUUGACCAUAUCAGCAAGAAUGGGCAUGCACCUGGUUCCAGUGUUUACAGAUCACUGAUGACUUGGUCGUGUCGUAGGGGGAAGAUUGCAGUAGCAUUUAAUCUCUGGUUGAGGUAUUUGAGGAGCCAAGGUGUCCGGAGUGAAGAAGCAAUUGAAUUGGUUGAGAAACAUUUUGAGGAAGGGGACACAGUAAAAGCUAUCAGAACUUUACUGGAAAUGGAAAUAAAGUUAGCAGACUUUGAUUCAGCCCCUUAUAACAUUUGUUUAGUUGGGUUGUGUCAGAUGGGUAGAUCAGAGGAGGCAGUAAAGGUUUUCUAUAUCCUCCAGGAGUUCGGUCUGAAUGUGUCCGCCCCAAGUUGCGUGAUGUUGAUUCACAGUCUCAGGAAGAACAAAAACUUGGACCAGGCUGUCAACGUUUUCCUUUAUACUGUGGAGAAAGGUAUCCGUCUGAUGCCACGAAUCUGCAACAAUUUGCUCCGAUCCCUUCUUCGUUCUCGAGAUAGUGCAGAGCUUGUCUAUGUAGUCUUAAAUGGUAUGAAGUCUGCAGGUUACGACUUAAGUGCCUAUCUUCAACACCGAACAAGACCUCUUCUACGGCAUUGGAACAUAAGGGAAUCGGAAAACACGUCACCUGGAUAAGAUUGAUAUUUCCACUGGUAUUAUGUCCAGGUCAAGUUUCCUCCUCUUCCAAUCCUAUAUCCAUCAAGAUUGUUGUAAAACAUGUGCCUCCUGCAUUUUCUGUGCUUCACUAACCCAGUUUUAAAUUUGUGUAACCCCAUUGAGAAAGUUUUGUUUAGAUUUCCAAUCUACUAAGUUUAUUGGAGGUAGCGUGUAGGAUGGAUGUUUGUCCAACAUCCCCAAAGUUUUUUACACUCGGGAUAUUGUUCAUUGAAAUAAAUUCAACACAGAAAGUUACAUUCUACCA